AUGUCAGCUCAAUCCGAAGGAAAUUAUGCGGAAGCUUUACAGAAUUAUUACGAAGCUAUGCGACUAGAAAUCGAUCCCUACGAUCGAAGUUAUAUACUCUAUAAUAUAGGCCUUAUUCACACAAGUAAUGGAGAACAUACGAAAGCUUUAGAAUAUUAUUUUAGGGCACUUGAACGAAACCCAUUCUUACCACAAGCUUUUAAUAAUAUGGCAGUGAUCUGUCAUUACGAAACUCUCAAGUACGGUUCUAAGGGAAGGAAUCGACCCACAUAUUCCUAUUCCGACCGGGGAGAACAGGCCAUUCAACAGGGGGAUUCUGAAAUUGCGGAGGCUUGGUUCGAUCAAGCCGCUGAGUAUUGGAAACAGGCUAUAACACUUACUCCUGGAAAUUAUAUUGAAGCGCAUAAUUGGUUGAAGAUCACGGGGCGUUUCGAAUAA